CUACUAGAUAAAGGUAUGCAAUUGCUAUAUAAUGGUCUAUUGUUGCCUUCGAUUCUCACUCACAUAUACACACUUCUUCUUCGUGUAUAUUCGCUUCUCCUUCGUACAUACACGUUCUUUCUCGGUGUAUACUCCCAUUUCAUUCACGUAAACAUUAAUAGAGACACGUGCGUGAACAUGUUGCGUUUGAGAGUAUUAUCUGUUGCACUUCUAGUUUUGCUCAGUUUGGGCCUCUCAUCAGCUGCUAGAGCUGUGAUCUACGGUCAAACAAAGGGUGGUGGUGGAGGUGGUGGUCGAGGUGGUGGUGGCGGUGGAGGUGGCGGGUCAGGCACUGGAUCUGGAUCCGGUUACGGGUCUGGAUACGGUUCUGGGAGCGGGUCUGGGUAUGGUGGUGCAAAUGGUGGAGGCUAUGGAAGUGGAGGUGGUGGUGGAGGUGGCAGUGGGAGUGGCGGAGGUUCUGGGAGCGGUUCCGGUUCCGGUUCCGGAUAUGGUUCUGGAAGUGGCUCUGGCUCGGGAUCUGGGGCUGGAGGAGCUAGAGGGGGAGGCUAUGGAAGUGGUGGAGGUGGCGGAGGUGGUAGUGGGUCCGGUAACGGGAGCGGAAGUGGAAGUGGAUCUGGUUAUGGGUCUGGGAGUGGGAGUGGUUCGGGCAAUGGUGUUGGAGUUGGUGAAGGUGGAGGCAGUGGCGGUGGUGGCGGGUCUGGAUUUGGUUCUGGCUCGGGGUCGGGCUAUGGAUCCGGGUCGGGCUAUGGGUCUGGAUACGGUGGCGGGCGUGGUGGGUCACCUUGAAUAAAAUCCAAAUGAGAAUGGCUACUUCUACUACGUUUUCUUUUUCAUCUGCUUGUAUGAUACCAUUUUGGAUGUUGCUGGGGUUUUCUCUGGAUUGCCACAAGUAGAUGGUAUAGAUUACAUAUGAAUAAAAUAAAAUCCGUAUUUUCUACAA